CCGCACUCCUCUCCGGGAUUGUAGUUCUGCGCUCCGCUGCUGCCUUGCGUGGGGGGAGCAGAUGGGACUACGAGUCCCGGCAUGCGCUGCGGCUCGCUGCCGGCCGCUGCCUCCCGGCUGCGGUCGCCUGCGAGCAGGUUGUUGUUUUUAUGAGAGGCGUCACUGGCGCCUGGAGCCGUGACUGCCGCCACCGUGAAAAGCAGCGCAGUCCGGCGGAGGUGGCGCUGCCCCUUCAGACCUGAAAAAUGUCUGAAACUUCCAGUGACAGUGAUUCCUCUUGUGGUUGGACUGUCAUCAAUCAUGAGGGCUCGGAUGUUGAGGUGGUGAAUUCUGUCACGCCCAGUGACACCGGUGAGCUCACCUCAGAAAGUUCAUCUUUAGGACAAGAGGAGCUAUUACUGCAGGUGGACCAGCGAGCAGAAGACAGCCAGAGCAGCACAGUGUUAAUAGAGGAAAAUGUAUAUCCAGCUUUAGGAGAAACCAAAUCAGAAAUCGAGGCAGAGGAAGAAAAGUUCACUGAAGACAACAUCUAUUUUGGAGCUGCUAGUGAUGAUUCGGAUAUUGUUACUCUUGAGCCACCUAAGUUAGAAGAAAUUGGCAUUCAGGAAGUUAGUGUUGUUGAAGAAGCACAGAAUCCUGAAGACUUUAUGGGUUCUUCGUCCAGCAGUCAUUAUGCGUUCUGUCAACCAGAAACCGUAUUUUCAGCUCAGCCUAGUGGUGAUGAGUCGAGUAGUGAUGAAGGCAGCGAUCAGCCAAGCCCGGCCUUUAGGCGACGCCGUGCCAGGAAGAAGACCAUGUCUACUUCAGAAUCUGAGGAGCGGCUCCCUGGUGAACAAGAAGCUGAACCUCCUAAGGAGCUGACUAGACGCCAGUUCAGUAGUGGGCUCAAUAAGUGUGUUAUACUUGCUUUGGUGGUCGCAAUCAGCAUGGGAUUCGGACAUUUCUAUGGCACAAUUCAGAUUCAGAAGCGUCAGCAGUUAGUCAGGAAGAUACAUGAAAAUGAAUUGAGUGAUAUGAAGGAUUAUCUUUCCCAGUGUCAACAGGAACAAGAUUCUGUCAUAGAUUACAAGUCACUGAAAGAAAAUCUUGCGAGGUGUUGGACCCAUACCGAAGUAGAGAAGAUGUCUUUUGAAACUGAGAAAAAGAGCCUUGCUACAGAAAAUCAGGAUUUAAGAAUGUCUCUGGAGAAGGACGAAAAGGUUGUAUCUUUGUUACAGGAAGAGUUACGGAAACUAAGAGAGCAGAUGAGAAUGUUGGAAGAUGAAGGGGCAAGUGCUGAAUUAGUUAGAGAAAACCAGAAACUUAAGCAGAAUUUGGAAGAAGAAAAACAAAAACUGCACAGCUUCCUCAAACAAAAGGAGACUGUAUUGGCAGAUGCAGAGACGUUGAAGAGGGAACUGGCCAAAGAACGACUCAUCAGCGCGGCCUUGCGGGAAGAGCUGCAGCUCUUGAGUGCCAGACAGCCUCAGGGAGACGGUCCCAGGGACCCCAGGGAAGCAAAGGAGGUAGCGGUCCUGCGGGAGAGGCUAGGUGAGCUGGAGCAGAAGUUGAACUUCGAGCAGCAGCGAUCUGAUUUGUGGGAGCGACUGUAUGUUGAGGCAAAAGAUCUAAGUGGAAAACAAGAAACCGAUGGAAAAAAGAAAGGAGGACGGGGCAACCACAGGGCUAAAAAUAAGUCAAAGGAAACAUUACUGGGUUCAGUUAAGGAAACUUUUGAUGCCAUGAAGAAUUCUACCAAAGAGUUUGUGAGGCAUCAUAAAGAAAAAAUUAAACAGGCAAAAGAAGCUGUGAAAGAAAAUUUGAAAAAGUUCUCGGACUCAGUGAAGUCCACUUUCCGUCAUUUUAAAGAUACCACCAAGAAUAUCUUUGAUGAAAAGAGUAAUAAAAGAUUUGGCUCUACAAAAGAAGCAGCAGCUGAAAAACCAAGAACAGUUUUUAGUGACUAUUUACAUCCACAGUAUAAGGCACCUCCACCGAGUCACAAUAGUAGAGGCCCUUCUAUGCGAAGAGAUACCAGGAAAGAAAAGCCAGUUCACUUUGAAGACUUCAGAAAAAACACACAUUCACAGAAAUGUCAGGCGGAUCAUGACUGUAGGGAAAACCAUUCUUUCAGAAAGACUUGUUCUAGUGCAUUUGAAUGUGCUGCAGAAGAAUCCACUACCCAUCUCAACAUGAUGGUCAAUCCUAUAACGAUGGAUGAAUUCCGACAGCUGCUAGAAAGAUACUUCAUACGAGAACUGGAUGCUUUUCAUCAUUGGAAGGAACUUGAUCAAUUCAUCAAUAAGUUUUUCCUAAAUGGUAUCUUUAGGCAUGAUCAGAAGCUCUUCGCUGACUUUGUUAGUGAUGUUAAAGAUUAUCUUAAAGAAAUGAAGGAAUACCAAGUAGAUAAUGAUGGAGUGUUUGAGAACCUGGAUGGAUAUAUAUUCAGACACUUCUUUGGUGUCAGUUUCCCCCCUCGAUAUGGACCCAGUCGACCUGAUAAAAAGCAACGUAUGGUAAAUAUUGAAAACUCCAGGCAUCGAAAACAGGAGCAGAAGCACCUUCAAGCACAGCCUAAUAAAAGGGAAGGUAAAUGGCAUAAAUAUGGUCGAACUAAUGGACGACACAUGGCAAAUCUUGAAAUAGAAUUGGGGCAGUUACCUUUUGAUCCUAAAUAUUGAUUCAUGAUUAAGUUAUAGAAUUGUAUGAGAAGCAUGGAUAUUUUCUAGAGUGGUGGGUGGCAAUGUCUCCCCCAUUUCUAAGUCUCAGUUUAAUGGCUUUAUAUUACUUAUAAGCAUCAGUCAGAAGCUUACUAACCUGCAUUUUCCUAUAAGUUUAGCUGUGUUGGAUUUUUCUCCUUUGGGAGGGGGGUCCUGGAGCUGUUCAAAGAUAGUUUUAAUAGGGAAGCCAGGCAUGCAACAGACUUUGUGCAUGAAAUGAGACUUCCUUCAGUUCAUUAGCUUAAAGCAGGGUCAAAUCAUACAUGACAAAGUGUAAUUAACACUGAUGUUUGUGUUAAAUUUGCAAUAGAGUUUGAAAAAGUACAUUGUGAUAGAAGUUCAUCUUUAACAUUUUAUAAUCUUACACUUGCUUCUUGUCUUUCUGUGGGUUCAAGAGCCCGUUGACUAAUGAAGAAUUUGCUGCCCUCUUAUGAGCUUGCUGACUUGUUCUCUUGUGAAAUUUCUUGCACAUCUGAAUAUUGUGGAGGAAACAAUAAAACUACACCAUGAGGAAAACUAAAGGUCUUUAUUAAAAACCUGGCAUUGUAUUAAUAUGGGAUUUUGUACAUUGUGAUAUUUUACAUAUUUCAUCAUUA